AAACACUUCUUUGUGCCGGAGCCGGGGAACUCGUUCUGCUCUAGUGCGCAUGUCUCGUUGUAUUAAUAUGGCGCAGUCCAUUUAACUACCCCUGAUGCAGAUCGGAGUAGCUGUCUACUGCGAACAAAAGUGAAUAACUUGCACAAGAAAGUAAAACUACACAAAGAAGUAAGGUGAAGUAACAACUUUUUUAUAUAUCAAUUCGAGGGAAAGAGCAAAACCGUGGAAGAAGGAGGCCCAAACAAUAGAUCUGUGUGCAAGCCUGGGAGCAUUGUUUCAUUGAUUCUGCAACCGGCGAUCAACUCGUGCCUGACUCCCUGUGAGUGACUGACAACAAUAUACUCCUGUGUCUCGACUCACCACAGCAAAAUAUUUCUGAACUGCGUUUGGAAAAAUCUUUUCAAGUUCGUUGGACAAUUUAAUUUUUUUUCGAAAAUGGCCGCAACAACGUUUGAAAUGGAUGGAAGCAUAAUGGAGGGGGGAGGGCAGAUUCUUCGUGUGUCGGCAGCACUAAGUUGCAUCCAAGGCGCGUCUAUCAAAAUCAACAAUGUCAGGGCUGGCAGGAGUACCCCAGGUUUGAGGCCUCAACAUCUCUCAGGGCUUGAGUUGGUCCGAGAUCUGUGCGCCGGCCAGCUUGAAGGGGGAGAAGUGGGAUCCACUGAAGUAACCUUAACAACUGGUAAAAUCAAGGGAGGAGACUACACAGCAGAUACCAAAACUGCAGGGAGUGUAGUUCUGCUGAUGCAAGUAUCCCUGCCGUGUGUGCUGUUUGCAGACUCUCCUUCUGUGCUCUGUUUGAAAGGAGGAACCAAUGCGGAGAUGGCACCCCAGAUAGAUUACACUUUAACGGUGUUCAAGCCAAUGGUGGAAAGAUUUGGUGUACAUUUUGACUGUGACUUGAAGAUGAGAGGUUACUAUCCCAAGGGAGGUGGAGAAAUUAUUGUGAAAACAAACCCAGUGAAACAGCUUACUCCCGUUACCCUAACAGAGCGUGGCACCAUCACUAAGAUCUAUGGAAGAGCGUUUGUUGCAGGGGUACUGCCUCACAAGCUUGCAAAAGACAUGUCGGCAGCAGCUGUUCGAUACAUCAGGAAAGAGAUCAAAGACCUUUACAUUAAUAUCCAGGCUGUAAGGGAGAAGAAAGACGAGUCUUUUGGGAAUGGGAAUGGAAUCAUCCUCAUUGCAGAGUCUUCCACAGGCUGUGUUUUUGCUGCUUCUGCACUAGGGAAAAAGGGUGUCUAUGCUGAUAAGGUUGGGUGCGAAGCAGCUGAGAUGCUACUGAGGAAUACAAGACACAACGGUUGUGUAGAUGAAUACAUGCAGGACCAAAUGAUUAUCUUCAUGGCAUUAGCAAAUGGCACAUCAAGAAUAAGGACAGGUCCUCUCACACUCCACACCCAGACUGCCAUUCACAUUGCAGAACAGUUAACAAAGGCAAAAUUUACAGUUACCAAGGCAGAAGAUCAGGACUCUAAUGAAGACACCCACAUAAUUGAGUGCCAAGGAACUGGGAUGACCAAUGCAAGUUUGUAGAUGAUUUCUAGAAUACUACAAUAAUACUUUGAGUUGCGACAAAGCUUUCUUCCAAUGCCCGUUUGGAAAUGGACUAAAGUAGACAUUUUAGGUUGUUUUUCAAAAAAUAUAUAUAUAAAUAAAAUAAAAAAUUGAAGGAUAUUGCAGAUAGUAGAUCCUCAUCUCCUGCCUUGUCUGUUUGCUUGAAAUGGAUUGAGAAGUGCAAGCGGCUGCAGUUGUAUAGUAAACCUGUUUUUGUUCACUGAUCUUUUCCACACACACCAACACGGAACAGUGGACUGCUGUGUGUAAAUUGCUCGGGUGUUCGCCUUACAAUAAAAUUAUGCUUUGACUCGU